AUGGCUCGCCCGAGACAUUUCAAGGUGCCUACCCACGUCCGCUUCAUGUUAACUACAGAGAAACUAACCCUGGCCCUCCAAUUAAGACUCAAAUGGCAAUCUGAACGGACAGUGGUCCUCAAAAUAAUCAACAGUAACAAUGCCGAUGAUGCUCGGCACGAGAAGGAGAUUGAAAGCCAUAUCACACAGCAAAAUCCAGAGCACCGUGGCCGCGUGAUUCUACGGACGUGCCUCGAUGACUUCGAAGUAACUAGUCCGGAAAGGAAGCACGUGUGCCUCGUGUAUGAACCGGUGAGAGAGCCUCUCUGGAUUUUACAGAGGCGUUUUGUUGAUCGCGAAAUUCCCUUGCCCAUUGCGAAGGCCUAUAUCUACUUCCUCCUUGCUGGUCUUGAUUAUCUUCACUCAGAAUGCAAAGUUGUUCACAGCGAUCUAAAGCUAGGGAACAUCCUCAUGAGCUUUGAAAACGAAAACAUUCUUACCAACUUCAUAAAACGACAACAACAAAUGCAAUACAAGGUUGAUGGCGAGAGUGGUCGGACUAUCUACCGCUGCCAUAAUGAUUUCGGCGCUCUUGACGGGAGAGAAAUCAAGAAUAUGGUUCCCAAAAUAGCCGAUUUCGGGCUCGCAGCAAGACUCGACAAGCCGUCUACUCGAGGCGGAAUGGUAGGAGAGCAACUUGGCAUCUAUCCUAUCCAACCAGACUUUUACCGUGCUCCAGAGGUAAUCCUUGGCUGCGGUUGGGAUUUUAAGGCAGAUAUUUGGAAUUUUGGUGUGUUGUUGUGGAAUAUCCUUGGGAGCAAGGAGUUGUUCCAGCAGGUACAUGAUGCAAACGGCCAAUACGAUGCAAAGUCGCACCUCGCGGAAAUGAUUGCCCUACUCGGCCCGCCUCCCAGGGUAUUGCUCGCGAAAUCAAAGACCAUGUCAGAGCACAACUGGCCUCAGCCGGUCACAAACGACACUGGCAAACUCUGCAAUAAUGCUCAAGAAUUCUUCGAUGGCCCUUUUUUUAACGCGGAAGAUGAAUUCCGCCAUAAUGAAUUGAUCCCGUCCCGAGGCUUAGAGGACACGACCCCAUUCCUCGAAGAGGAGGAUCGAGAGGCAUUCUUAUCUUUUGUUCGACAAAUGCUCAACUGGCUCCCGGAGAAGAGGAAAACAGCUCGCGAACUGAUGGAUCAUCCGUUUCUCAAACUUGGGGGUUGA